UCUAAAUAGAAAUACGCAAAAAAUAGCGAUAAGGAUAAUAAAUAUUCAUCCCUGUGUUGUUGCGAACAUGCUUUUACUCAAGCAAGCCAAUCAGUCAAACAAAACCAUAUUCACACCAUUUCUUCCUUCACCUUCUCACCUCUCUCAUCAUCACACACAACACAUUUCUUCAGCAUUCAGUUCCUCACUCUUCCUUCCUUCCUUCCUUCUUUUAUAUCAUCCAAAUUCAUGAAUCAUCUCCCUUGUGCAGCAGACUCAAAACUCACCAUCAACACAUUCGAUCAAACACCCCACCUUUCGUUUUAAAAGAAAAGCAUGACAAACAGAGAAUCAUCAUCAUCAAGCAGUGAAGUAGUGACGAUGGAGAUUGAGGAAAGCAAGGCGGCGGCGUCAGUGGUGGGUGGGCUGAGUCCGUUGAGUGAGUCCAUUUGGAAAGAGAAGACCAACACAGAGACGGUGGGAGAUGUGUCGGCGAAACUGGCAUGGAAGGAUCUGACGGUUAUGGUGACGCUGAGUAACGGGGAGACUCAGAACGUGUUGGAAGGGCUCACCGGGUACGCCGAGCCGGGGACGUUUACGGCGCUUAUGGGUCCAUCUGGGUCCGGAAAGUCCACCUUGCUUGAUGCUCUAUCUAGCCGCCUUGCGACUAAUGCGUUUCUCUCCGGGAACGUCUGUGUUAACGGCCGGAAAACCAAGCUCUCUUUUGGCACGGCUGCUUAUGUAACUCAAGACGAUAACUUAAUCGGUACGCUUACGGUUCGUGAAACCAUAUCGUACUCUGCUAGACUAAGGCUACCGGAUAAAAUGGCAUGGCGUGACAAGCGUGCAUUGGUGGAGAGUACCAUAAUAGAAAUGGGGCUCCAAGAUUGUGCUGAUACCGUUAUUGGGAACUGGCACUUGCGUGGUAUCAGCGGUGGUGAGAAGCGUCGUGUCAGUAUCGCCCUCGAAAUCUUGAUGAGACCCAGAUUGCUAUUUCUCGACGAACCCACCAGCGGCCUAGAUAGCGCUUCAGCCUUCUUUGUUACUCAAACAUUAAGAGGUUUAUCUAGAGAUGGCAGAACCGUAAUCGCGUCGAUUCAUCAACCAAGCAGUGAAGUUUUUGAGUUGUUUGAUCGUUUGUACUUGCUGUCAGGAGGCAAAACCGUUUACUUCGGUCUUGCUUCAGAAGCUUACGAGUUCUUCGCGCAAGCUGGUUUUCCUUGCCCAGCUCUUCGAAACCCGUCAGACCAUUUUCUCCGUUGCAUCAAUUCUGAUUUCGACAAAGUGAAGGCCACCUUGAAAGGAUCCAUGAAACUACGGUUUGAAGCAAGUGAUGAUCCAUUGGAGAAGGUUACAACUGCUGAAGCUAUCCGAGCACUUACUGAUUAUUAUCGUACCUCUCAGUAUUGCUAUGCAGCGAAUGAGAAAGUUGAGGCGAUGUCGAAAGUUAAAGGAACGGUGUUGGAUUCGGGUGGCAGUCAGGCUAGUUUCUUUAUGCAGACGUUUAUGUUGACCAAACGUUCUUUUGUGAAUAUGUCGAGGGACUUCGGUUAUUACUGGUUGAGGCUCGUCAUCUAUGUUUUGGUCACUGUCUGCAUUGGAACCAUUUAUUUAAAUGUCGGGACGGGCUAUAAUUCGAUUCUAGCAAGAGGAGCAUGUGCCUCUUUUGUGUUUGGAUUCGUCACGUUUAUGUCAAUCGGGGGGUUUCCUUCCUUUGUGGAAGAUAUGAAGGUGUUUCAAAGAGAACGAUUGAAUGGUCACUAUGGUGUGACUGCUUUUGUUAUCAGCAACACAAUCUCAGCGAUGCCAUUUCUGAUAUUAAUUACGUUUAUCUCUGGAACGAUUUGUUAUUUCAUGGUGCGCCUUCACCCGGGGUUUAUGCACUAUCUUUUCUUUGUAUUGUGCCUUUAUGCAAGUGUGACGGUUGUUGAAAGUCUUAUGAUGGCCAUAGCUAGUGUCGUGCCCAAUUUCCUUAUGGGCAUCAUCAUUGGCGCAGGGAUCCAGGGCAUAUUCAUGCUGGUAUCGGGUUACUUUCGACUCCCUAACGACAUCCCAAAACCGGUCUGGCGUUACCCUAUGUCAUACAUCAGUUUCCAUUUCUGGGCUCUUCAGGGACAAUACCAAAAUGACUUGAGGGGGUUGAUGUUCGACAACCAAACGCCGGAUUUACCUCAGAUCCCAGGGGAGUACGUUUUGGAAUACGUUUUCCAGAUCACGGUGACGAGAUCAAAAUGGAUCAAUCUUAGUGUUAUCUUUAGCAUGAUUAUCGUCUACCGUAUCAUUUUCUUCCUGAUGAUCAAAAUCAAUGAGGAUUUGACGCCCUGGGUGAGAGGCUACUUGGCUAGAAAGCGGAUGAAGCAAAAGAAUGGAGGUCAGAAUACGACUGUGGCACCAUACGGUCUCACGCAGUCGCCUUCUUUGAGGACUUAUGUUGCUGAUAACAGCAAGAGGUAGAGAGCUAGUCUCGUGUUUGCCAUACCACUUUCUUUGACUAUACUUUUGUAGAGGAAUUUAAGAAUUUGUAACCUGUGCUACAUACAUUAUAUGUUUGCUCCUUGUUAGACAUGUUGUGCCCCAUCUUUCGGAUUUUAUUUUCUAUAUGAAACAAUAAUUUAAUUUAA